AUGUCAGAAAAAGGUGGUGACGACAGUCGCUCUUCUCAGGUUCGUGUUAGUGUUAAGCGCCGUAAUUUCUCCUACGUGGAUUCCAUUAAGGUCCGUCUCAGCGGAGGAAAACCGGAAGUUACCAUAUCUGCAUUGGGUAAAGCCAUAUCAGAUGCAGUUGCUGUCGCCGAAAUACUAAAAAACCAAGGGCUUAUCGAUGUUAAAAAAAUCACAACCUCUCGGGGCGCCGCUGAAUCUGAUGGCGACGCGGUGAACGACAAGAUCGAAAUACUGAUUACAAAGUCUAAGGACUUUGACACAAUAUAUGCCGAACAACAGAAAAGGAAGUUGGAAAACGCUGAUAAAAAGGAGUAG